AUCGUAGACGAAGUGAUAAUAGGCGCAGAUUUUAUGAUUGCCUUUGGUAUCAAUCUGGAUAUGAAAGAACGUGUGAUGACCUGGUCUAACGUCGAAAUUCCGUUAAACGUGGGCUACGAUGAAAGUACACCCAUUAGACGUCUGACCACGGACCAUCCAGAGAUAAUACCGCCCUGUGCCGAAGCAAUAAUAUGGGUACCAAUGAAUGGAGAUUGUGGAGCCGAGAAGUUGUGGGUGGUGGAACCAGCAGAAAACAGAAACAGUAACAUCCUAAUAGCGAAUGCCCUGGUGAAAAGCAACAAGGACGGAUUAAUUCCUGUUAGAGUUUUGAACCUGUCAAACAAGCAAGAGCAAAUUUGCCAAUUUUCCGAUGUUGGACAAUGCACACCAGCUGAAGCUGUAGUUAAUUUGGAAACUAGCACCGAAAAGCCAGCUGCCAUGGAGAAGAAGCACCUCGACGGCUACAUAAAAGAGUGGACACACCAAUUAUCACCUUCCGAGAGGAACAAGGCUAAGCAGCUAUUAUGGAAAUAUGCCUCUACCUUUGCGUUGACAAAAGAGCACCAAGGAAGAACAUCAGUGGUGAAGCAUGAAAUCAAUACAGCAGACGCGAGACCCAUUAAACAGCCUCCAAGAAGUGUUCCCCUGGCAAAAAGAGACGAGGUUCAGAAGCUGAUAAGUGAAAUGGAAAAGAGUGGUGUAAUAGAACCAUCGUCAAGUCCAUGGUGCUCCCCAGUGGUCUUGGUCAAGAAGAAAGACUGA